AUGCGCAACAAAGGAAAGAUGUUCGAAUGGAACGAAGAAGCACAAGCUGCCUUCGAGAACACAAAGCGGGAACGGUGCGAAGCGCCAGUGCUAGGCAAACCUACAGAGAAGGGCAUGUAUGUUCUUGACACAGACGCAUCGGUAUUACCCAUCUCAGGGAUAUUGCAUCAGGAGCAGGAAUGGAAUGGAAGAACGGUUCUCCAUCCCAUUGUAUAUGGCACCAAGGUGUUGAGUGACACUGAGAUGAAAUAUGAUGGAAGAAGACACAAUAAGCCCGAUGAGCUGAAUAGUCAGAUAAAGGUCAUGAAGACGUUUUUGAAGGCGAGAUACAGACUCUCGGACCUACUAAGAGCGCAGAGAAAUGACCGCAUGACAAGCAACCUGAAACGGUUGAUAGAAAAUGGUGUUCCGAACAAAGGUGACCUGGAGGAAGACAGUUACCGUAUUCUGAGACAGUAUUUUAUGCAGAAAGAGGGAAGGUUAGAUUUGAACAAGGACUGGAUUGUAGCUUGCAGGAGAAGAGAUGAAGACGUAAUCCUUUACAAGUAUAACGCGAUAGUGUUGCCGCAACUCUAUCAGACAGAACUCUUAUUCAGGUCGCAUGAUCAGAUGGGCCAUCAGGGGAUCGACAAAGUAUGUCAGAGGAUCCUGAAGCGCUUUGAGUGGCUUGGAAUGAAAAAAGCAUAUCACUUCACGAAGUAUGCAGAGGCCGUGCCCUGCAUAACUGCCUCAGCGGAAGAAACGUGCGAUCACCUGAUCAAUUCGUGGAUAGCGAGACAUGCUUGUCCGACAACUUUUCAAACGGAUAAUGGAGCAACUUUCGUAGGAGAACUCACGAAGAAGGUUAUGAGACGCUCACAGGUUGAUCAAGCUCACUCCACGACAUACUAUCCCCAGACGAAUGGCUUAGUGGAAAGGCAGAACCGAACGUUGGUGUCGAUGCUGAGGACGAAAUACUCAGCAAGCACAGGCAGACAUACCUGCAGCUUGGAAGAGGGUGAUUAUCUAAUGAUGGACCCUGCUUGUGAGGUCAACGAGAAGGGCACCAGGGAGAAGAACGAUGGAAAUGAAGUAUUGAGGAAGGAAAAAGUCCACCACUGGACCUGGAUCCAUAUGAGGUGA